AUGCUACAGCGAGAUGGAGGAACUGGAUUCCCAUGGGAUGCGCGUCCAGGCUAUGUGCACCUGAUGCAGGACUCACAACCUCCAAGCCCAAGGGAGACACACCAGGUGCCACGGCCCUCCUGUUGGAGGUAUCAAGGCUUCGUGACGAUCCUGGUGGCCCUGCUGCUGCUGGGCAUCGGCAGGAUACCUUGGCCCAAAGGUUGGGCUUUCCAUCUUCGAGGUAGCGCCACGAAGUGGAGGCCUUCUGUGCAGUCCGCUUACCUGCAAGGACAGGUCGGCGCACAACUGCCGCCCCAUUGGAUGACGCGCUCUAUGGAGAGCGUCCCAAUCUUCCAACAGAAUUCGACCCAGGCCGGUCAGCGCCGGGUUUGGCUCGUGAAGGUCUGGUGCAAUGAGGAGCUUCCGUUGCAGCUGACAGUGCAUCCCAAGGAUGACUUCGGUCGGUUGCAGCUGGUCAUGAAGGCUGUGCGCAAGACGGGCGCAGAGGUCUUGUUCGAAGGCCAUCGCGAGGGCUUGCCAAUGACGGCCAUCCGUGCCAAUGCCACUCAACUCCAGGCGCUUCUCAAUGAAACGCACGACUUGGUGGAAUUUGUGGAAGAAGAUUCGGCAAUGACGGCCACGGAAGAUGGGACCGUCAAGGAGAAGGAUGUGAACGACGAUAUGGGCACCGCUCAUCCGUCCAAACGACGGUCCUCGCUGCAAGAUUUUCCGCCCUCCUGGGGUUUGGACCGCAUCGAUCAGCGGGGAGCGGUGGCUGGCGGCCACAACGCGUCCUAUAGAUAUCAUCCCAAAGCGGGAGAGAGCGUGCACGUCUACGUGCUGGACACCGGCAUCAGGACAAGCCACAAAGAUUUUGGCGGCCGUGCUGUGAGGGUGCUGGAGGUGACAGACAAAGGUCUACAUCUCUGUGAUGACAGUGAAGACAAGGAGUGCGCCAUGGAUAAGAAUGGCCAUGGAACUCGCAUUGCCGGAAUUGUUGGAGGUCACAGGUAUGGCGUCGCCAAAUCCACCACCAUCCACGCCAUCAAGGUCCUGGAUGAUGAGGGCCACGGCAGCAGUUGGCGCCUGGCGGCGGCCUUUGAUUGGUUGCUGGUGAAUGCCGAACAGCCUGCUGUCCUGGUGGUCGCCUCCUACGUCCGCGGUCAGUUGAGCGCUGUGGCCUCCGCCGUCGACGCGGCGACACGUGCGGGCAUCACAGUGGUAGUAGCUGCCACAGAUCGAGGGUUGACGGCCCAUCCCAACGCCUGUGACUACACUCCGGGCUUCGCGCAAUCCGUGCUGACGAUCGGAGCCACCACAAGGCGCGACACGCAAGCGUUGACCAGCAGUUCUGGGACUUGUAUAGAUCUCCUGGCCCCCGGGGAGGAAGUGGUCACCUGUGGUGUAAGCUCGGACCUCUCGGAAGCGUUGCCGCAGCGCAGCUCCAGCGCGCUGGCGGCGGCGCACGCCGCCGGCGCCGCGGCGCUGCUGCUGUCGGAGAAGCCGCACCUGCAGGCGAGCGAGGUGAAGCAGACCUUGAUCGCCACCAGCACUGUAGGGCGCUUGUCACAGCUGCAUGGCUCACCAGACAGGUUGCUGAAUUCCCUUGGUGAAGAGCUGGAAGUCCCUUUCUGGGCUACUGAGGGCAUGUGGAGCUUGGUCGAUGGUGGAAAAGACCGCGAAUGCGGUCCCGGGUGCCCAGUACCCUGGGCAGCUGGGGCGGGGGAUGCGCCAAAUCCUGGGAGAUAUGGGGAAGCCAUAGCUCCCAAGAUAGCGUUCAUUUGCCUUAUUUUUGUGGCUGAAUUCUAUGGUUUAUGGUAG